AUGACAGAUUACAACAACGAAAAGUCUCUGCGCAUCACUAAUCUGGAUCCAAGAGUGACUGAAGAUGCACUGAAGGGAAUAUUCUCAUUGAUUUCUCCAAUCGUCCAUAUCAAGAUAACAAAAGAUAACAGCAACGAUGGUUUAAAUUGUGGCUUUGUCGAAUUCCAUGAACAUCAAGCAGCUGAACAAGCGUUACAUGCGAUGGACAAACGUACUAUUUAUAGCCAGGAAAUUGCUGUAAAUUGGAAUGAUCAAGCUGCAUCCAAUGAAAACCAGGUUUUUGUCACUGAUUUGGAUCACAACAUCGAUGACUCUGGAUUAUGGAAUGCUUUUGAAAAGUUUCAUGUGUGUAACGCACGUGUGAUAAACCCUGGAGAAGGUGUUGUUACAUUUGAAAACAAAGCAGAUGCAGAAGAUGCUAUUCGUUAUAUGGAUGACACACUCGUUGGAUCAUCUCGUGUUCAUUGCCACUGGCAUCUGUCUUCAUCAGCAUCAGCAUCAGAUAACAGUGAUUCCAACAGUGUCUCCUCAGCACACUCUAGACGCUCAUCCACUGAUAGUGACAACAAUGUGAUUCUAUCCAACAUGUCCUAUGAGGAAAUCUUUGCUCAAACACCCCUCUACAACACAUCUGUCUCUAUCCGUGGCCUGCCAAAAAACGUCAUCUCCCAAGAUAUUGCUCCUCAUUUACAGCAAUACGGCUUUGUCACUGACAUUCACAUCAAGAAGGGAGAGGCCAUUGUCAAGUUGGAUACACAUGCCAAUGCAGCUACUGCUAUAUUUGCUCUACAAGGUGUCACUAUUGCAGGAAAGCCUGUACGUCUGGGCUGGGUAAAAGACAGAGACAUUCAACGCAUCGAUAGCCAAGACAACAUGACAAGAUCAUUCAAUGUGUUUUCUUCGGGCUACGUUCCUCCAAGCAAAUUAGUGAACCGAAUUACAAAUACUUAUGAGAAUCACACCACAAUGAGACCUCCCGCUCCCACGACUGAUCCUGCUGGUGGAGAGCCUGGAGGUGGACACCACGGUUGGAAUCAAUACUAUCAACAGCAUUACAGCGCUGGUCAUCUCACCAUUUAA